CCCCUCGGAAGCGUCCUGUCCUCUUCCUCACUGCCGCCACGGCGCCGUCUGCAGCCUUGAAAGACAAAACGAGAAACUGAGAGACUCGCAUUGACCUCUUUUUAUUCCUAACGGUUUCAUGUCGCGGCGAAGCAACCGCCUACUGGCUUCCGUUUCCGGUUGCUUGGUUGCCGCGGUAACGAGCACGCACAACUUUGCAGGCGGUUAUGGCGGGACUGAACGGCUCGCAGAUCCCCGAUGGGGAGUUCACCGCCGUCGUGUACCGGCUCAUCCGGGACGCCCGCUACACCGAGGCGGUGCAGCUGCUGGGCGGGGAGCUGCAGCGGAGCCCGAAGAGCCGCGCAGGCCUGUCGCUGCUGGGCUACUGCUACUACCGCCUGCAGGAGUUCGCGCUGGCGGCCGAGUGCUAUGAGCAGCUGAGCCAGCUGCACCCGGAACUGGAGCAGUACCGCCUGUACCAGGCCCAGGCCCUGUACAAGGCCUGCCUUUAUCCAGAGGCCACCCGGGUCGCCUUCCUCCUCCUGGACAGCCCCUCCUACCACAGCCGAGUCCUCCGCCUGCAAGCUGCUAUCAAGUACAGCGAGGGCGAUCUGUCAGGGGCCAGGAGCCUGGUGGAGCAGCUGCUGAGUGGGGAAGAGGCGGAAGAAAGUGAGGGCGACAAUGAGGCCGAUAGCCAAGUAAACCUGGGUUGUCUGCUGUACAAGGAGGGUCAGUAUGAAGCAGCGUGUGCCAAGUUUUUUGCAGCCCUGCAAGCCUCGGGCUGCCAGCCUGACCUUUCCUACAACCUGGCUUUGGCUUAUUACAGCAGCAGGCACUAUGCCCCUGCUUUGAAGCAUAUUGCCGAUAUUAUAGAACGUGGCAUUCGCCAGCACCCAGAGCUGGGUGUGGGCAUGACCACUGAGGGCAUUGAUGUUCACAGCGUUGGCAACACCUUAGUGCUCCACGAGACUGCUCUGGUGGAAGCCUUCAACCUCAAGGCAGCCAUAGAAUACCAAUUGAAAAACUACGAGGCAGCUCAGGAAGCCCUCACUGACAUGCCACCGAGGGCAGAGGAAGAGUUGGACCCUGUGACCCUACACAACCAGGCACUAAUGAACAUGGAUACCAAGCCGACAGAAGGGUUUGAAAAGCUACAGUUUUUGCUGCAGCAGAAUCCCUUUCCCCCAGAGACUUUUGGCAAUCUGUUGCUACUCUACUGUAAAUAUGAGUAUUUUGACUUGGCAGCCGAUGUCCUGGCAGAAAAUGCCCAUUUGACUUACAAGUUCCUCACGCCCUAUCUCUAUGACUUUUUAGAUGCCUUGAUCACUUGCCAGACGGCUCCUGAGGAGGCUUUCAUUAAGCUUGAUGGGCUAGCAGGGAUGCUGACUGAGCAGCUCCGGAGGCUCACCAAACAAGUACAGGAAGCAAGACACAAUAGAGAUGAGGAAGCUGUCAAAAAGGCAGUGAAUGAAUAUGAUGAAAUGCUGGAGAAGUAUAUUCCUGUGUUGAUGGCCCAGGCAAAAAUCUACUGGAACUUUGAAAAUUAUCCAAUGGUGGAAAAGAUCUUUCGCAAAUCUGUGGAGUUCUGUAAUGACCAUGAUGUGUGGAAGCUGAAUGUGGCACAUGUUCUGUUCAUGCAGGAAAACAAAUACAAAGAAGCCAUUGGUUUCUAUGAGCCCAUAGUCAAGAAGCAUUAUGAUAAUAUCCUGAAUGUCAGUGCUAUUGUAUUAGCUAACCUCUGUGUUUCAUAUAUUAUGACAAGUCAAAAUGAAGAAGCCGAAGAGUUGAUGAGGAAGAUUGAAAAGGAAGAAGAGCAGCUCUCUUAUGAUGACCCAGAUAAGAAAAUCUACCAUCUCUGCAUUGUGAACUUGGUAAUAGGAACUCUUUAUUGUGCCAAAGGAAACUAUGACUUUGGUAUUUCUCGAGUUAUCAAAAGCUUGGAGCCUUAUAAUAAAAAACUUGGAACUGAUACCUGGUAUUAUGCCAAAAGGUGUUUCCUGUCCUUAUUAGAAAACAUGUCAAAACACACAAUCAUGCUUCGUGACACUGUUAUUCAAGAAUGUGUCCAGUUUCUACAACACUGUGAACUUCAUGGCAGAAACAUACCUGCCAUUAUAGAACAACCUCUAGAAGAAGAAAGAAUGCACAUUGGAAAGAAUACAGUCACAUAUGAGUCCAGACAGUUAAGAGCUCUGAUUUAUGAGAUUAUAGGAUGGUAUAUAUAGUAAUGACUGAUAAUGGCUUUAUCAUAAUCUUUGUUAUAUAAAGUUUGUACUGUGUUAUCUGUAACUAGCCUUUGGCAUUUUCAUCUUACAUAUUAAACUUUGUAAACUUUAGCAUUAUAACAAAAAUAAGUAGAUGAAGCUUUGUUUUAAAUUUCCCAUAAACUGAAAUAUUUUCAUAAUUUUGACCCCACAUUUUUGAAAAAUUCAGAAGUGAUGAGGAAUAUUGUGUCUAUUAGAACUUG